AUAGUACGCACGACUGUGGUAGUAGGUAAAACCUGGGAAUAUACUACAACACUUGAGGUUGGAGAGACUUCCAUGAAAUUAAAUCACAGUUAUACAGAAAUUAUGGAUUUCAAUUUCGGUUCAGACAGUUUAUUUAGUAGUCCAAUAACAAACGAUCCGACUAUCCUUAAUAUUAAUCAGAAAACAUUCAAAAUCUGGGUUAAACAGUAUAGUGACCCAAGGAAAAAUUCCACUUUAAUUUACCAGAUCGAUUCAUAAAGCAUAUUAAAAAAUUAUAACUUGUGAUUUAAACAUAGUUAUAUAUGAUAAAAUUAGACUACUAGUCAUAAUUUUGUUGUUUAUUGCAUUAUAAUGUAUUUACAAACAUGUUGAAUAUCUCCAGUGCCGUGCGAAGAGUUUUAGGGGCCUAAAGCAAGUUUUAAAAAUAAAUUUAUUUACAACCGUAAUGAAAAUAAUUUUCUAAUAUGAUAUAUUAUUUUCACCAAGUACACAAGUCUAAUACUGUAAAAGAAUAAGUUUAUAACGUAAAUAUGUUAUAUUAUGUCAUAUAGAAAAAAUACAUAAAUUCAUAAAAUGAAUUAAUUAAUUUUCGUAGAAAUAUUUUUUUUUAAACAAGUCUAAACCACUAUACUAGAAAUUAUUUUAAAUUUUGGAGCCCUAAAAACAGUCAUAUUAAUCGGGGGCCUGAGGCAAAUGUCUUUUUUAAUACACUGUAGGCACGCCUCUGAAUAUCUCUUAACUAAAGCAAUACGUCGUAAAAGUUUAAAAGAGAUUGGCGAAGAAGUCAGGUAGCUCAGGAGGAAAAAAUAAAGGAGAAAGAGGAUAUGAACCCUAUUAAGUAGACAACGAAAUCGUGAUCGAUUUAGUAGAGACAAACAACAAAUAGAUAAAAUGGUCAGAAUCUAGAAAUCUACAAGAUGGAAAUAGUAAAAUAUAAAAGUUACUCUAUUUUCCCUCAAAAAUCGAAUUUAAAGUAAAAAUGCUCCAAUGAUACUCUAUUUUCUACUCUAUAAAAGUGUAAACCUAUUUUUUACUCUAUAUAUAUAAUAUUUUUUUUUAUUUUUUGGUUCAUCAUUCUAUUUUUCACUCUAAAAUAGAGUAUCAUUGGAGUAACAUCCAACUCUAUUAUAGAGUUAUUAUAUUUUAGAGAAAAAAAAUAGAUUAAACUAUUAGAGAUGAUUUUACAUGGUCAAUAAAAAGCAGAUAAUAUACUAACUACAAGAAGAAAAAGCUAAGAGUAAGAUAGUGCCACUGAUUUGAUCAUAAAGAAGAACAAGUCAUGAAUCACGACGAACACCAAUUCCCCAUCUUCUUAUUCUUGAAACAGCCUUUUUGUCCUACAAAAAUGUAUGCAACUACAUAAGAUAUAUAUACAUAAUUAAAUUUCCUUGGUCAUGACUCACGACAUUUUUUGGUGGUUCUUCAGUCCAUGAAACGCUUUCAAAUUCAUCCAUUGCUCGAAUAAAAGAUAAAUAGUGUUUUCCAUGAGUUAAUAUUUUUAGAGCACCUUCAUUGUGGGUUUCUAGAACAAAUUUUCAAAAAAAAAUAUAAAAUAUAAAUAUAACAAAUUAUUAUGUUUGGGUAUUAUCAAAAUAAUAAAAAUUCAACCCAAAAUAUUUCAUUUAAAAUAAUGGGCCUUGGGCCUAAGAUAAACAAAACGGUAAAGAUGCAUCUGCUCCUUGUUUACCAGCGAGUCACAAACACGCGCUCUUCUUCUUCUUCUCCUUCUCCUUCUUCUCCAUCAUAUACUCGUUCAACGCUCGCGCAAAUUCGAUUCAUCACCUCCUCCAUUUCCGCCAUUUCUCCCCCCCCCCACCAAUCUCCGAUCCUCUCUCUACCCAUCUCACCCCGAUUCCAUCGAUGGGUUAAUCGAAACACACACGAACCCUCCACGACGUCGUUUCAAAGCCUAGCCCUUUUUUCCUGAUUGCCGUAAGAACGAGAAAGUUUCCUCCUUUACCACUCUAGACCCCUCUUCUCCCUCGAUCCUGUAAUGGGUAACCCGAAAGACCCUCUCUUUCCCGACGAGGUGAUCCUCCAGAUCCUCGCUAGGUUACCCGUUAAGUCCCUCUUCAGGUUCAAAUCCGUUUGCAAAGCUUGGUGCUUGUUACCUUCCGACGCUUACUUCAUCACCCUUUUCAAUCAACUCUCUGUGAAAGAGCAAACGCUCGUCGCCGAGGUACCGGACUCGUCGAGCUUGAUCUGCGUUGAUAGUCUCAGAGGCGUCUCUGAGUUCUCGUUGGAGUUUCUUAGAGACAGAGUGAGGAUCAGAGCUUCGUGUAAUGGAUUGUUGUGUUGCGCUAGCGUUCCUGAGAAGGGUGUUUAUUACGUUUGUAACCCUUCGACUAGAGAGUUUAGGGUGUUGCCUAGGAGUAGAGAGAGGCCCGUGACAAGGUUUUAUCCGGAUGGUGAGGCGACUCUUGUUGGUUUAGCGUGUGAUGUAAGUAAGAAGGGGUUUUGUGUGGUGAUGGCUGGUUACCAUAGGUUGUUUGGGCAUAGACCUGAUGGGAGUUUCGUUUGUUUGGUGUUUGAUUCGGAGAGUAAUAAGUGGAGGAAGUUUGUUUCGGCGUUGGAGGGUUGUGGUGGUUUCACGCAUAUGAGUAAGAACCAGGUUGUGUUUGUUAACGGGAAGCUUCAUUGGUUGAUGAGUGGGUUGUGUUAUGUGCUUGCGCUUGAUCUUGAACACGAUGUGUGGAGAAAAGUUUCUUUGCCUGAUGAGAUUAGCUCUGGAGGUGGUGGUGGGAAUAGGGUUUAUCUCUUGGAGUUGGAUGGGUUUUUGUCUGUGAUUCAGCUGUCUGAUGUGUGGAUGAAGAUCUGGAAGAUGAGAGAUUACGAGAGUGAGGUUUGGAGUGUUGUUGAUAGUAUAAGUUUGAGGUGUAUCAAAGGAUUGGUACCUGGAAUAUUCCCGAUUUGUCAGACGGGUGAGUAUGUGUUCUUGGCUACUCAUAAGCAGGUUCUUGUGUAUCAGAGAAGAAGUAAGUUGUGGAAAGAGAUGUUUUGUGUUAAAGGAAGCUAUUCUCUGCCUGUGUGGUUCUCAGCUCACGCCUUUCGCAGUACCAUAGUGCCUUGUAAUUAUGCUCUAUAGUAUAUAGAUGUAUGUUUAUGUUGCAUUUUCUAUAUUUUUCUUUUGUUUGUUUUCUUGGAUCCUUUAGGAUUUGUGAAGAUUGGUUCAAGGUUUUUAUAUAUUUAAUAGAAAUGGUUAAAU